AACAGCCCAUAAGUACUAUUAACUAGAGGUUACCCAUGGUGAAACGAAUACUAUUUAUCGGUCUUGGAGUUUACCCUACUUCAAACAAUUUCGUUUCAAAACUAUCGAAUGACAAAAGUAUCGAUACGGUAAGUAUCGUUUCGAAAUUCGUGUCUCCAGCUUUGUUUCAGUUUGAAUUUUACGUUCGGCGUUUUGAUUUAUUUGAUAUAAUUUGCAAUGGAAGUUUAUGAAUUUGAUAAGUGCUUACUCGAUCGCUUGGAGGAAUCCAUGAGUGUUUUAUCGUGGAAAGAUGAAGUAAUUCCCGCAACACAAGUUCGUUCCGAGUGGUCGUACUAUAUUGAACUCCAGAUCGAGCCAGCAGGUUGGCAAGCGAUUUGGAAGAUUCCUCGUGUAAUAUGUGAAGAGCUACAUAUCCGCUAUCCAACUGUAGUUUUUGGUUGCGUUGAACAGGUUCUUUUCAAGGAUUUAAAAGCUAUCCUCAUUAUACAAGCAGUUCAGGAGGAAGACAUUCAUCUUCCGGAAAGGCACGAAGUUUUCUUGGAAGAUCUUUGGCCGACGAAGCAACAGGAAAAUGCUGAGUUAAACAUAGAGCGAACUGCAGACUGUGUUGACCGUUUACGUUUCUUUUAUACACAUGUUUGGAUGCCAUGGGACAACGAUAAUGAUGACGACCUUAAUUGGGUGGAAAAGCAUUUAGAGUCACGUAUUCGAUUCUGCUACGACUUGCGGAAACGAACAAUUAAGCGAACAUUGGCAGCGCAUGUUCGCAAAUUACUUGCCGAAUCCAAAUAUUUGCAGCAACGGCGGGAGUACCUGGAAAUAGGACUAACGGAUGAAGAUGAAGGGAGUCCCGAAGAAACCAUUAGCAAAACUGAGGUAACUGAUCUAAUGAGAUUACAUUUGCGGCUAGCUAUGAUCCGCAACGAAAUAGAGUUAUUGGAAAACCCUGAAAUGCGCCGGAUAUACCAAGAAAUAAAAUUCCCAGAAGAAAAAUAUUUCAAAGGGAAAAAGUAUACUGAGCUAUACAUAAAAAAAAAAGACGAGCAAGUUUUUAUUGUUAUGAUGCCAUACACAAUUGAACAACAAAUUGAUCUAAUGCAUAUUGCAAAGAAGUGCAUUUCAACCAAUGCUCUGGUUCAAAAUGCUUAUACUCUACAGGAUGUUUUAAGCACCAGUUGUAACUAUGACUGCAUCUAUCUUUCGCCCGGUCGUCAUACUGUUAGGUUUCUAGAAAAUAUGAAUGAGGACGCUAAAAUUUCCGGAAUAAAAGUUGCUGGAGAAAAGCUUAGCACGCAAGAUUAUUUUUCAAAAGCCAAUGUGGUAAUAUCUUCAUCGGAUGAUGACAGCAUUCUCUUUGUCUUCGACGGCUCCUUUACUCUUGAAAACGUUGUUAUGGAUUGUCGCAAAGUGCGUACUGGAAUUGUAGCAAAAAAUGGUACCGUAUAUAUUCGUAAUUGCACUUUAAUAGGCGAUGGAAAAACUAGUACACAACAGGGGAUUAUAUGCAAUAGGGGUGCUUCAAUUAUUCUGGAUGAAUGUACUGUAGAACGGUUUGCAACGGGAAUAAUUGUAAUGGAUGAGGCGGAGUUGCGUUUAAAUAAUUCAAAAGUCAUUAACUGUAAGAUUGGCAUCGAUUUGAGCACUAUUUCAAAGUCUCAUUUUAAUCAUUCAAAAAUAACGAACUCGCAAAAUAAUGGGAUAUAUGUGGAGACUGCUUUUGAAGGACAAAACCACAAAAGUAAAAGUACAAUAUUAUGUACCCUAAAGGAAUGGGAAAGCCAUUUAAACUCAAAUCCGCCUUUUAUUGGAGAGUGCGAAUUUAGAGGCUGCAAAGUCAACAUCUUCGCUUUAAAUGUGGGGAAGUCGUUGUUAUCAAAAAACACACUCAACUAUUUAAGAGAUGCUGACACUGUAUUCGAAAGUCCUAGUAAUGAAUUACCAGCGAGUGGCUCUCGAGACACCAGCAAAUCUUUUUAAAACUAAAGUAAGUUUUUUACCCGGUAUGAUAUUUAAUUGACGCGUAUUUUUGUAUAAUUUACAACCAAUAAAAAUAUCUUUUUAACCGUCCUUGAA